AUGCUCACAUCUCUGGAAGGCGUUCAUUUACCCCUGAGGCGCCCAAGGCGUGAGGCUGGUGCCCAGCUGGGAUUUCGGAGCUCUCCCAGCCUGGCUGAGCCCCCGGGAGAGCCCGGGGCAGUUUCCAGGCACAAGCCCUGCUCAGCACGGGUGGAUGCCGGCUCAGCUCCCCCUCCCCACGCCCGGCUCCAGCUCCUGCUGCGGGACCACAUCGUCUCAGUUCACAGGGAUAACGGGUGGAAACAGCCUAGAGACACCUGCUCAGCGAAGCAGCCAGGGAUGGAACAGAUGCAUGAAAACCCGAGUGAAAUUGCUGCCAACAAAGUGCAGGAGUUCCUGCAGCUCGAGAACAUCGUCUCCAAGCACAGCUCGCAGUUCCGGGGCAACGCUCAGCACGACGCGCUGGAGUUCCUGCUCUGGCUGCUGGACCGAAUGCACGAGGACCUGGGCGCCGCCUCCCCCGCCCAGCAGAGCCGCGGCCCCACGCAGCCUGCCAAGGACAGGAGCAGCAGUGCCAGCACGUCCCCCCCAGGCACCCAGCACCCCCAUGGGCAGAGCUUCGUGCAGAGCCACUUUGAGGCCCAGUACAGGUCGUCCCUGACGUGCCCUCACUGCCUGAAGCAGAGCAACACCUUCGACCCCUUCCUGUGCAUCUCCCUGCCCAUCCCGCUGCGCCAGACCAGGGCUCUGAACGUCACGCUGGUGCUGCAGUGCGAGCGCUGGCGCUUCGUGCGGGUGGGCCUGGCCGUGCCGCUGCUGGGCACCGUGGCGGACCUGCGGGCCAUGGUGGCGCGGGAGGGCCGCAUCCCCCCGGAGCAGGUGAUCCUGGCCGAGGUGUCCCCGCGGGGCUUCCUGCGCUCGCUCUCCGACCCCGAGGCGCUGCGGGCGGCCGGAGAGGCCGCGCCCGUCUACGCCUUCCAGCCGCCGCCCGCCCGCCGCGCAGCGCGCCUGCUGCCCAGCACCGCCCGCUCCUCCGACUGCCUGCACCGCGCACCCGGCAGCCGCAUCCUGCUGCUGCUCUGCAACACGGCGGGCACGGGGCCGCAGCUCACCAGGUUCGGGCCGCCGCUGGUGCUGCGGGAGGAGCGCAGCGUCUCCUGGGAGCAGCUCCAGCAGAACAUCCUGGCCCAGCUGAGGGGGGUCCUGCGGGGAGAGGUCCGGCCUCAGGGCACGGGAGUCCUUUUCCGGAUCCGCCUGGCAGGGGGCCCGGCCCCCUGUACCUACCUGUCCCCUCAGGAUCCUCGUCCCCUCUGCCACCCUGCCGUCGACAGGGCCCUGCAGCUAAGUGGGGCUGGGGGCCCUCCCCACGUGAGGCUGACGGUGGAGUGGGACAUGAGCACCAAAGAGCGGCUGUUCGGAAGCAUCCAGGAGGAGGUGGUGCAGGACGCGGAGAGCGUGCGGUGGCAGCAGCAGGUGCACGGGCAGCAGCACAGCUGCACCCUGGACGAGUGCUUCCAGCUCUACACCAAGGAGGAACAGCUGGCCCCAGACGAUGCCUGGCGCUGCCCGCACUGCAAGGUGCCCCAGCAGGGCACGGUGAAGCUCAGCCUGUGGACGCUGCCCGAGAUCCUCAUCAUCCACCUGAAGCGCUUCCGGCAGGUGGCCGAGCAGCGGCACAAGCUCACCACGCUGGUGAGGUUCCCGCUGCGGGGGCUGGACAUGGCCCCGCACGUGGCACAGCGGGGCCAGCCCGGGGGGCAGCUCCUGGGGCGCUGGGCGCCCUGGCAGCCCUCCCUGCGCCUGCCCCCGGGCUGCCCCCGCGAGCACCUGUACGACCUGUACGCCGUCUGCAACCACCACGGCAGCAUGCAGGGCGGCCACUACACCGGUGAGCGGGGACGCUGGGGACGGGGGCAUGUGCCACGGGGCAGGGCAGGGCAGAGGGGAGCUGGGGUGCAGGGGACAUGCAGGAUGGCAUUGCAGCCACCCCAGGGCAGGCAGGGCACCGGGACGUGCCCCCGGCACCAUCCCUUUCCCCCAGUGCGUCCCCGCACCAUAGCGCUCCUGCCAGCUUUUGUACGGGGCUCUACCCCACCGCCGGCGGUUUCUAUUAAAGACACGUGA